GUAGUCCACGCCCUUCCGUUGUGUGGUUUAGGGACACAUACCUAAUAGACUUCAACAUGGAAUCCGAGGAAACAUCUCCCGCCAUAGAACUUGCAUCACAAAACCACACGACAAUUCCACCCGCCCCAUACGUCACAACGCUCAACACGGGGCCCAGCCAGACCACACCGGAGCCUUAUAAUACGCUCACCCUAGGGCCCCUCACCCGCAAUGAUCUCAAGUUGUUGUUAACUUGUGAGGCGUCAAACAACAACUUAACGAUACCUACCUCAGUGGUUGUUAUGGUCGAUAUGAACUACAAGUGUGGACGGAAAUGUCACUACUAGUACCCUGGUCAUCUCCCCUCAACCAGAGGACGAUGGAACGACUAUAGAGUGCGUGGCAGAGAACAAGGCGACGGAUACUGUGUUGAGCGAUGCCAGACACCUGACUGUUCACUACCUGCCAACGGCCUCCGCCAGCUUCGGUUCCUCGUUGGACGCGACCAACAUCAAGGAGGGAGACGACGUGUAUUUCGAGUGCGCCAUCGAAGCCAACCCCCGCGUUUCGCUCGUCUCGUGGAGGCAUAACAACCAGGUCCUUGCCCAUAACGUGAGCGCGGGCGUCAUCAUUAGCAACCAGAGUCUUGUUCUCCAGCGGGUGGUGCGGGCGUGGGCGGGGCUCUAUUCCUGCCACGCCCACAAUCUCGUAGGUGACGGGAAUUCCAACACACUGCGCCUCGAUGUCAAAUACGCCCCCGUGUGCUCCCCGGGCCAGACGACCUCGUACGCCGUGGGCCGCCAGGAGGACGCCGAGGUCACGUGCACGGUGCAGGCGAACCCCCCCCGCGCCUCGUUCCAGUGGACGUUCAACAACACGGCGGACACCAUCGACGUCCCCCAGGGCCGCUUCUCCUCGUCCAGCGUCACCAGCGUCAUCACGUACACGCCGAUGACGUCGCUCGACUACGGGACGCUCCUGUGCUGGGCGUCCAACGAGAUCGGCACGCAGAGGGAGCCGUGCGUGUUCCAUAUCGUGCCUGCCGGCAAGCCAGACCCCCCCAGGAACUGCACCGUCAUCCACCGCAGCCGCACGGCCGUGAGGGUCCGGUGCCUUGCGGGCAGCGACGGCGGCCUCCCACAGCACUUCCUCCUGCGGGCCAAGGUCGACCACGGGGAACACGCCGUCAACGUCACGGCGUCCACGCGGCCCUCGUUUCUUGUCGAGGGUUUGAUGACAGGACGAAAAUACAGCCUGGUGAUCACGGCUUAUAAUAGCAAGGGAAGCAGCGCCCCUACGCAUAUGUCUAUCUCAAGCCCGGGUGCCAGUGGGUCUGUCUAUCGCCAGCAUG